UGGCAUCUCCGUUUCUCUCAAGUCCUCAAAUGCACGACUUCCACCGUCGGCAGGAUCAGAGGAUGUCGAGGCCUGAUUCACGUUGGCGUUUCAUGUUAAUGUGAGGAUAAAGAGAUAAAUAAAAAAAACCCGACCCGCCCGUUUAAGUCCCAGUUAAGUUAAAUGAGCUGAGUGAUGAUGUUUGCUGUUGACUGAAGUCCACUCCAAGAAACAAAAUGAAGAGGAGGCUGCUUCGUGGUUUCCUGUCGGAGAUUUCCGUCCGGAUGGCGCUGUUGGUUGUGUUCCUUGUGACAGAGCAGCUUCCUCCUUUCUACCGUGAGAUCCAGUCAGAGGAGAUGUGGUUGUAUAAAUUCCAUCGUGUGGAGAGAGAUCAUGUGCCCACAUCUCUUAUGUUUAGCGUGGCGGUUUUCACCCCACUGAUUGUAAUCCUGGUUUUCACCUUCCUGAAGAAGUCAGAGCGAGGAGAUCUGAAGGAGGCCACCCUGGCUGUGACUUUGACUCUGGUGCUGAACGGAGUUUUCACCAACGUCAUCAAACUUGUUGUUGGCAGGCCACGGCCAGACUUCUUCUAUCGCUGUUUCCCAGACGGUCAGAUGAACCUGGAGUUGCGCUGCAGCGGCGACCCAGAUGUCAUCAUGGAGGGCAGGAAGAGCUUUCCCAGCGGACACUCCUCCUUUGCCUUUGCAGGUUUGGGUUUCACAGCGCUGUACAUCGGAGGAAAGCUGCGCUGCUUCAAUGCAGCGGGCCAAGGCAGAGCGUGGCGGCUGUGUGCCUUCCUCACCCCUUUACUCACUGCGACAGUGAUUGCCCUCUCCAGAACCUGCGACUACAAACACCACUGGCAAGAUGUAUUAGUGGGCUCUCUGCUGGGUCUCGCCUUCGCCUGGCUGUGUUACAGGCAGCACUACCCUCCACUUCAGGACCCCGACUGCCACAGACCUCUGCGUCACAGAGAGACUGUUCCUGCCGCACAAGAGCGCAAGCUGGCCAACUCCAACUACAUCCUGCCCCUGUAGAACAGCAGCAACCGGAUCAUUUACUAGUGUCAUUUAUUCUGGGUUACAUGGUAAUCCUCCUCAUUCUGGUUUUCACACCUUUAGGGCUGGGCAGUAUUAACAGUAUUUAUUGUACAUCAUUGUAACUGUGAGAAUUGUGAGAAUUUUCUUUUCAUAUGGUAAAAUAUGACACAGGGUUUAUUUUCUAAGCUAAAAUGAUACAUUUCUUCUGAAUGGUUUCUGAGAACACAUGAGAGUUUCUGUAAGUAACAACUCCAGUUCACCAGUCCAACAUGGUGGACUUCAACUACACAAACAACUUUAAUUGUGGCUUUCUAAACCUUAACCGAUAUUAUUACAUACGGCAUUUAUCAAUAUCGGAGGGCCUGGUGAAAAUCAUGACAUUUAUUAGUAUCCAUCCAUAUGGCCCAGCCCUACACACCCUGUGUAUUGUGCCUAUAGAUCACAUGACUUUUAAUACUCACAACAGCUGAGCAGGUCUACUACACAAGCACUGCACUAACAGUCCACUGCCCAACAAUCACUGGCUCAGCUGCUGUGAAACAUCAUGUCGGGUCACUAUUUUGUGAUUCUUUUGUAAACUUUUUCAACAAGCUGGGGAGGAAAAAACAGGAAAAAAUUCCAGUAUUGGAUGUUUGUGCAUGGAAGUUCAUCCCUGACCUUUUGGAAACAAUAUAUGGUGAAGAGGAUCAGAGCUCAGCAACUGUUAGGGGAUAAAUCAGUUAAUUAGCAAUUUGAAGUGAAAAAGUAGGAUUUUAUUUGUAAAUCAUUAACAAUUAAUCUAGAAUAUAAGAUAUUAGCUAAUGAAAAAAAUCAUCAGACAGAGAUAAGGUUGUAAGCCCCAAAUAAUCAGCGAGAGGACCUUUGAGCUUAGAUCAUCUGCACCAUAUAGUAUUUGAUUUGACAGAGGAAAACUGGGGGAGUAAGAGGUGUUUAUGUGGGCUGUUCAUAUUUAAAUGUAGGGGUGGGCGAUUUGGAUAAAAUCCUCUAUCACAGUAUAUUUAAUGUUAUAAUUGAUCUGGAAAAUCAAAAAUCAAUGAGAAAAUUGUGCAUUUGUUGGGGACUAUUUUAAGUCGUGGAUUAACACACAUUCAGCGCCCAAGUUGUUCUGGAAGAACAAUGGAGGUCUACUGCACAAAAGAGUAAUACAUACACACAAUACACAUAUUUCAUUGCUGGUUUAGGUCUUUUCAUGGGAUUUGUUAAGUACAGAAUGUCACCAGAUGUAUCCUUUACAGGGAUACUCACCACAGUGUUAACUGCACAGCAAAAUCUCUGACAUUUGAUUGAUUGAUGUUGUCCCACAGUAUGCGUCAACAUAUGGCCCACUCCUGUCUGAAAGCACCUCUUUGAUUGCCUUCAUGUGUAAAGCGGGUUACUGAAAACCACUUCCCAUAUCUUUGAUGCUCACAGCUCUGCUCUACUGCCUCUGUCUUGAGUGCUUUAAAUCGCUCUGUCUUCCUUUAUUAUAUUUUGAAUGUUUCCAUUCACAGAUUGUUUGAUUAAUGUCUGGACAGGGUUUCUAUGUCCAAUCCUCAGCAUAUCGCCUGAUGUAGCAGUUCCACUCAUCUCUUCUCACGGUUUUUGCUGUAGUUUAUUUGUGACAAACACAAAUGAUAACUGCAUCUCCGCAGCACAUCUGCUAAUAUCGCAACAAGUUAAUAUGACUGUAAAAAAAGUAGGAGAUAAAUGUUUUCCUAGGUCAGUGGUCUCAGGCUUACUGUAGGUCUGGUUUUCAUUAGUGCACCCUCUCCUGGUUCCUCUGCCGACCUGUCUGAGGUGUGAAUGUUCACCAGAGGCGGUAGAUGUGGUGCACAGGGGUUGGUUGUGGGAGUGACAGUAGAACCAGAUCUUUCUGAUGAACCUGAGUGAGAUCAGACUCUCCAGGUGAUGGUGCUAGCCUCCCAGUGCUCCUGCUGGUCAGGAUUUCUAUCCUGUUAAUAGUUUUAUUGGCACGUAAAGUUUGGUGGAAGAGUUUUUUGUUUUGUUUUUUCCUGGCAAUCUUCAUGAACUUUCAUUUAAGACUGUACUUCUGGUUUAAAUUUAGUUCUGUAUUAUGUUUUUGUUAAUGCUUGUAUGGCUGGUUUUCAGUUGGAAAGAACAUGUCGGCUUUUACGUAGAUGUGACUUGAAACAUGAGAAACAACAAAACCUCUUAUGUUUCUGUUUGCGUGUGAAACCAGCCAAAGUUGUGCAGGGUCAAAGCACUUCUGCUCGUUGCUGUGGAUCAUCUUUAAUUAGCUGGAUCACAGUAGUUUCAGACCAAACUUGGCAGAAAGAAUGAAUGAAUUUGUGCCUUUGUUUACUACAUUACCUUAUUACUCUUAGUUAAUGGAGCAUAUACUGCAUCUUACAGUGUAUGCUCUCUGCCAUGUUGUGGAUGCGACGUUAUUUUCAAUCUUUACCCUUUUUUUUUUUGCUUUUAUUUUUUUGUUUUACAAUGUGUAGGAUUCAGUUGGAAAGAUCCUACAUGAUGUUAUGUAACGUGGCAUGCUUUACCUCAGAAAAAAUAAUCUUUGAUUACUUUCCAUUAAUUUUGUUGCUGAUUUAGUCAAAUGUGAAGAUUUCUGGGUGGAAACAUGUAAGAUUUACAACUGAGAGAGUAGCCAAGAGGAGGAAAAACUUUUUACAAAACUUUGAGACAAAUACUAUCUUGAUUUACUCAGUCUUACAGGUAUUUAUGAGAUGAUGUACAGGUCUAAGUGUAUUUAAUUUGGGGGCAUGUAGGAGUUUACUUGAAUUUUGAAUAUUUGUUUGUUUACCUUUAAUGUGAUAAUGUUAUUUCAUGAAAAUACUGUAGGAAUCAUUUGUGGGCACAUGGGUUUCUGGGGGAUCUGGUAGACAAAAAAAAAUGCUCAUUAGACUGCUGCAUUUUGAAAAAUCCUGCAUGUUUCACAGCUAAAGAGCAACAUAUUUUCAUUACUUUCCUUCCAAAUCAAAAAAUUUCCAUCCAUUUCUAUUAAUUUAUGUGAUUUUAGGUAUGUGUAUACUGUAUCAAGUUGAUGAUCAUGUCUGGUCUCCUUCAGAUCUACUGUCAUGAUGCGGGAUUAUACUAAAACUUGCCUGUUUGCUUUAUUUAUGUCAUGCUCAUCAUAAUUUGCCUUGGCUUGUAGGACCACAUAGCAGCCGCUCAUGCUGAUACAGUAUCCAGAUUGUACAUGUUGUGAUGCUUUUAAUCUUUUGGUGACACUAAAUGAUGUUUCUAAAUAAUCUUGCAAUACAGACUGUCCUU